AUGAGCCGCUUGGCUUUCUCGAAGUUUCACAACCGUGUGAUUUCCGCGAUAUUUCGCUGGGAUUUAUCAGACACUGUAGCCGCAGGACCUGAGACCCGAAGCGAAGGGACGUCGCUGCGUGAGCCGCUCACUCCCAGGGACCAGGCCUCAGACAGACAGAGCUGGCCAAGAGGAGGACUUUGAUAUGACUGCCAAGUGUUUGCUUUGCUGCUUGGCUCUGAGCUCUGCUAGUUUUCUUGUGGUCUACGCACACAUGCUAAUUGAAGAGAAGAGCGCCAUAAAUGCGUCUUCCAGCAGUCUACAAGCGAACGCUCACUCCGACGCUCCGCCUGUCCUGAUCGUAGAGUUGCCGAAAACAGUGCGGAGGAAUAAAAAAGAUGAGAAAAAACAAAGGAAGAACAAGUUCGGCGGCAGGAGCAAGCGACCCCCACCGCCGGCUAACUGCGUCCCUCUUUGGGGAAGUUGCAAACCGCCCAACAAUGCCUGCUGCGAGUACUGCGCUUUCUGCCAGUGCCGUCUUUUUAAAACCGUGUGCUACUGUCGCAUGGGAAACCCGCGGUGCUGAGGACCUCAGGAAACAUUCGUUUGUUUUUUUUUUUUUUGUAUCUAAGGGUAAAAUCGAUCAGACUUCAUCAUACGUAUUUUAACCUCCCUCAAGUGUUUUAUAACAAUUUUUAGAGGUGAUCGAAUUUUUUUUUCAGAAAAUGCACGUGGCCUGCAAUUUUUUUUAUUUAUUAUUAUUACAUUUUUUUUCGCAAAGGACUAGAAUAGGCCACAGAGCAUUGCUUUUCAGAGCAUUUAAUAUAACCUACGGAUUGUAGGCUACGUUAUGGGUAGGCCUUAUUAUUUUAUGUGUGAACAGGUUUUAUAUAAAUCCUCCUGUAUAGAGCAUCCGUAUUGAUAGGCCUACCAUUUAUGACAAAAAGUAGAACUACAGUGAGCUCGUAUUGUUGGAGCAAAGAUAUUUUUUUUUCUUGAUUUGACUAUGUACUCGACAAUUUGAGAUUUAUAACUAAAAUAUUUACAUAUGAUUAUAGUGAACAUUCUCAGCAUUGUUUAAGAAUAUUUUUAUACACUUUUCACCAUGUGGAAAUAACAGCACUUAGGACACCAUAAUGUUUGGGACAUAUUAAUGUUAUGUAAAUGACGGGAGACAAGGUUAAUACUUUGUUGCUUUUCUUUUGCAUGCAAUGUCUGCUUGAAGUCUGUGACACGUAGACAUCACCAGGUGCGAGUGGAGUAUUUAGUCUGAUGAUGCUCUGCCAGGCCUGUACUGCCGCCAUCUUCAGCUCCUACUCGUUUUGGGGGCUAGUUGCCUUAAGUUUCCUCUUCAGUUGGAUUUAGACUGGAUGAACGAAUUGGCCCGUCAACAAUUUUCCUGUUUUUGGCUUUGAAAAAAAAACUUCUGAUGUAGUGGUAUGUGUGAGAUUGUUGUCCUGCUGUAGUGUGAAGCACCGGCAAAUUAGCUUGGAGGCAUUUUCGUUGAACUUUAGCAGAUGAGAUUAGUUCUGUGCAUUUCAGAAUUAGUUCUACUGCUGUCAGCAUUUACAUCAUUACUGAAGACAGUGAGGCAGUACCAGCGGUAGCCAUACACACCCAAACCAUAACAUCCCCACCACCAUGUUUCUCAGAUGAGGGGGGUGCUUUGAAACUUGGGCAAUUCCUUUUGGCCUCCACACUUUG